AUGGCAGAGCCUGAAGGGAGUGCAGGAAGAGCGAUCGUGAUCCAUGACGACGAAUCCGAUCCAGGCAGCUCUCGUGCAGACAGCCCUCAUGGCUCCUUUGCGGUGGAUGUUUUGAGAUCCAGCAUCUGCCCUCUACGGACUUCCGAGUAUCACGACCAGGAAUGCUCUCGAUAUUUCGACUGUCCUUCCCACCACCUCGAGAGGGCUCAUCCUGAGGCCGAUCAUCCUGAGACCGAAGAGUCGGCCGAAUCACACGAUCAAGGGCAUGGCGAGGAUCACGGGGCACAAAAUAGCCCUCCCACUGGGGAGCUGAGCAGUGAUGGUGGUGGUGCACAGCGGCCGGUGGAAGACUUGGACACUCUCGCAGGCGAAAGUGGCAGGGACUCCGAAGAAGACGUCCGUCAUGAUUCCGAAUCAGAUAUCUAUAACAUGUCUCAAGAUGGCGCAGAGCAGUCUCCCGGCGAGGCUGUAGACGAAGAGGAGGCCGUGGGUGAGAACACGGAAGGAAGUCCCGAGGCGGACGAGGCUGGCUCGGGUCGGCGACAGUCUUUGAGUCUUGACACCGCUCCUCCGCGAGACAUGGCUGAUCUACCACUAUCAACCCCGGACCCAGUCGCUCAGCCUAGUCAAAGAAGCGUAGACCUUCCGGAGAGGCUCUCGAGAGAGUUACCAAGAUCACCGCCUCCCCCGACGCCGCCGCCACUCUCGCCCACAUACAGACGAUCUCGGGGCGACGUUAGCAAUCCCAUUCCGACUGAACAGUUGGCCAGGGAACCGAGGAGGCCCUCGUCGGUGUCAUUACCCAGUAUAUUCGUGCGAAAGCAUCAUUGCAGAAAAUGCGGAAGAGUGGUCUGUAACAGCUGCUCGCCUCACCGCAUCACCAUCCCUUACCAGUACAUCGUGCAACCUCCAGGCGCGGUCCGUCCUCUAUCCCAGAUAUACUCUACCGCUUUCAUGGGGAGCGAAGGCGGCUACGCCGACUUCAGGACCCUCGGCGGCGGAGAGCGAGUUAGGCUCUGCAAUCCCUGCGUCCCCGAUCCCAACACCACACCACACCAGGCUCAGGAGUCGGCGACCCAAAGAGGGCAUUCCAGGUCCCAGAGCAACGCUAGUGGGGUGUUUCCUGGUGACGAAAGCCGACGGUAUGGGGCGUAUUUCGGGCCGGGGCCCGGUGGGAGUGAUGCCUUGUCUAGGAGUCGCAGUGUAUCCAUGCAUUCCGCCGCUGGUGCUUCCUCUAGCAGGACACCCAACAUGCCCUAUCUGUCGACACAAUCCCGAAUUCUAGCGGGAACGCCACCCGCCUACAUGCCGUAUCCAUCAUCAGCCUCUGGGUCUCAGGGGCCUAACCCGAUGUACUCGCGGUAUCGCUCCCUUCUUGAUGUCGGCUCGUCCUCUUCCUCAUCCACUCCCGCUCUCCAGCAGCGCAGCCUGCCACCCCCGCCCCAGAUCCUCGAGGAGGACGAAUGCCCCGUCUGCCAUCGGGAGCUGCCGUCUAGGACCCUCCCAAAUUUCGAGGCCCUGCGGGAAGCUCAUAUCAAUAUAUGUAUCACCUCGCACAGCGCCUACGGUACCACGCCGACCGCUGCCGCAAACACCGGCCAGCGGGACACAUCUAACUCGCCACCUCCGCCGCCUAGGAGGACUGGCAUGUUUCCCUACCUGGCAACGGAGAAGGACUGUGUCGACUCGGCCGAGUGCACUAUCUGCCUCGAGGAGUUCGAAGUCGGUGUCCAGAUGGCGAGGCUGGAGUGCCUCUGCCGAUUCCACAGGGCGUGCAUCAGAGCUUGGUUUGUGAACCACCCCGGGAGAUGCCCCGUACAUCAGCAUGACAGUUUCGGGUAUUGA